AUGGUACUUUGGCAUUUUGGUACAACGGUUACUGGUGGUACGGCAGUGGCCCGGCGGUUCCCAGCGGUGGUCUGGCAGAACUCUGGCGGUGGAGGUGGUUUGGGCGACGGAUCCGUUGGUGAAGGUCGACCUGUGCCGCUAUCUGUUGGGUUUGUUUCUCAGUAUGUUCUGAAACCGCUCCUUGGGGUUUUAGUUGCUAAUGCCUUUGGGAUGCCGAGGACCUUCUAUGCUGGUUUUGUACUCACAUGUUGUGUGGCAGGGGCUCAGUUAUCUAGCUACGCGAGUUCUUUGAGCAAAGCAGAUGUAGCCAUGAGCAUUCUUCUCACUAGUGCGACAACUAUCGCAUCUGUACUCUUUACCCCUUUGCUAAGUGGUCUUCUGAUUGGAUCGGUAGUUCCUGUUGAUGCAGUUGCCAUUUCCAAGUCCAUACUACAAGUGGUGCUUGUUCCAGUCACUCUUGGCCUUGUGUUAAAUACUUAUGCAAAGCCUCUGGUCACUGUUAUUCAACCUGUGAUGUCGUUUGUUGCUAUGGUAUGCACUUCAUUGUGCAUUGGAAGCCCACUUUCAAUAAAUCACAGUCAGAUUCUAUCAGCUGAAGGUCUUGGAUUGAUUAUUCCAAUUGUUACAUUUCAUGCAGUAGCAUUUGUAUUGGGAUAUUGGUUCUCUAAGAUCCCAGGCUUACGGCAAGAGGAAGAAGUUAGCCGGACUAUCUCGCUUUGUACGGGUAUGCAGAGCUCCACAUUAGCCGGGCUUCUUGCAAGCCAGUUCCUUGGUAGCAGUCAAGCCGUUCCAACGCAGCAGCAAGCAGUACAAACGGACAUGACUAUGAAUUCAGCUGCUCCUCCUCAAGGCUCAACAACAACAACAACAAGAUAUUGUAUAUGA